AAUAAAGAAUAGUUUUAUCUUAUACAGGAGAUUUUUUUUGCGCUUUUUUGGUGUCUACUUGUGGAAUAUAUUUUGCUCUUUCUUUGGAUGCCGAUUACAGACCGGCUCUGACGCCACAGCUGCAGGUCUCCACCUUGAUUCUCAUACUUCGUUCCCCACAGUGACUGAAACCUACGCACAAGUUACAGAUGAGCAAAUGCUUUGUAAAAGGAUGUCCAUCAAAGCAUGGAAGCGCUACAAAACACCUGACAUCAGUUUACAUUGUUUUCCACACUCAAGAAAUAGAAUACGACAAUGGCUUUCAGUAACUGGACAGCCUUUUGAUAAUUUUGACAAAAUGGUUAAAAAAAGUAUGACGCUGAUAGCAACUAUCAAUUACAGAAUAUGUUCUAAACAUUUCAAAGAAGAAUGUUUUACAACGGUUGGAUCAAGGAAGACAUUAAGACAUGAUGCGGUACCAACUAUAGAUAUUAAUGAAUCUCAGGAAAAUGUUGAUGAAAUGGAUACAUUGCCUUCAUGUUCAGGCAUUCAAAAGACAAAGGAAAUUGAAGGAGAAAGAAAAGUGGAUGCUAUUGAUAGCGAUAGUGAGAAUAUCAUGGAACAUUGAUCAUAUAUAUUUUAGAGAAGUUUCUAGUACACAUAGCAUUGAUCAACAACCGUCAACAUCGUUCCAUCUGUCUCAGAUAUUAGUAAUCCCAAUAUCAGAGAAAAGAACGUAUCUUUUAUGUCGAAAAAUUAUAGAUUGAAUGAACCAAACAUACCGUCAAAAAGAAGAUUUAGUAAAAUUUCAAAAGAAUUGAAUGUUGACGUUCUAAGAAGAUCACCUAGAGAAAAAAAAAUAGAAACUAAAAAAAAUGUUUUAACCCCAACUGCCAAUCUAGUUAAAACAAAUUCUGUUGGGACUUGGGCAGGAACAUACAAUUAAUUCAUAUUAGAAAUAGCUCAUUAUCAAAUAAUUUUUGAGGAUGAAGAUUUAAAUUUCAUCGAUCAAGCGGUCUCAACUCCAAAGCAGAUCACAAAACAAUAUCAUAUAUCUACCUCCACACUGAUUAAUGUCAUUGAGUCUCGUCUUUCAAAACCAACAAUUGUUCAUGAACAUUCAUGCUUAGAUGAACAACAAAUGUUUGAAAUAUCUGAUGUUCAAGAACCACCUACAGUAUUGGAUGUUGAAAACCCAUUUACAGUAUCCGAAGAUGAAACAGAUUUGGAGCAAUCAAAUCUCUGUUCACCUAUUGCUGAAAAGACAUAUCAUAUGUUCCUGAAUCAGCAACUUCUAAGUCCUCUGAAGAAUGUGAAAAACAAAAUGAUGAAACAUCAAAAAAAAUUGUUGACGAAAGAAAAUUUAUUGUGUUUGAGUCCUGUCUUGAUUUUCUUUUUACUUUUUUAACAUGCACAUAUAUGAAAACAUGUUCAUCUCCUAAAAUGUUUUAAAGUCAGUAACAGGAACAAAUCUGUCAAUACAUGUUGAAUGUACAGCCGGACAAAAAUUCAAAAUCUGGGACAGCCAACCACAGUGAGAUAGUUUAGACUUCUCAGCAAAGUAUUGCACGUACACAAUGAUGGAAGACACUACACAAAAAAUUAUUGAUUUUGAGAUAAUGCAAGUGUCCGAAGCAAGUUCAUCCAUCGCAAUGGAAGCAAAAACAUUCAAACGUUGCAUGAACAACAUGCUUGCUGAAGGAUUGAACAUAAUGUCUGUAGCAACUGACCGUCACAUUUCCAUCAGGAAAAUCAUGCGUGAGGAGUACAAGGACAUUCAACAUCAAUUCGAUCUAUGGCACUACAACAAAAGUUUAAAAAAAAACCUAUUAGCUUUAACAAAAAAUUGUGAUAAUCGAUCGUUAAUACACUGGAUACCACUGAUCUCAAAUCAUCUGUGGUUCAGUGCGGCCUACUGUAAAGGAAUUUUAACUCUAUUUGAAGAAGUCUGAAAAUCUAUGCUGAUGCAUGUGAUAAAUAAACAUUCAUGGGAACACAGAGAACUUAUAAAGAAAUGUAUCCAUAAAGAUCUAACAGAAGAUGAAAUAAAAGAACGUCCAUGGUUGACACAAUCAUCUAUAACUUACUCAGAGCUUUGCAUGUUGAUCAAUGAUCCCAAGAUGGCAAAAGAUAUGGUGCACCUAAAAAAUUAUUGCCAUACUGGGAGAAUAGAGGUGUUCCAUAGCAUGGUUUUAACAUUUCAACCGAAGAGGGUACACUUCAAAAUGGACGGGAUGGUAGCAAGAACACAAUUGGCAGUCAUGUCUCAUAAUUCAAAUGUAGAUAGACAACAAGCAAAAGUGCUGAGAGAAACAAAAGUUAGUCGUAGAUUAGGAGAAGAAAGAUACAAGGCAGCUUACUCCAAGAUGAGUAAAAAAUGAAAUGCAAAGAUUGUGUAUGAAGGAACAACAAACGAAUAUGUGUUUCCAAUCAUGGUUGACAUUUUAGAAUUAGUGAAAGGAGAUUUAAAGUACAACUGGGAGUCAAAACUUUCACAAUUACCGCCAAACAUUUCAGUUAUUCCACGCCCUAGUACGGCUGAAUUAGUUGAAAAACAUCAAACAAAAUUUGCUAGAAAGGAACUGUUCAAAGUGGUUGAAACUUAAUUACUACUAAAAGAUAAAAAAAAAUGUUUUACUGAUAUCAAGUGAUAGAUAUUUAACAUUAAUAAAAUGUUAUAAAA